AUGGAUAAAGAUCCAGAAUGUCCAGGUCAUAAAGAAUUAGCUCCAGGAGAACAAAGAAGCACCUGGAUUUAUUCUACGGACAAAAGCUAUACUAAGCCAAAUAAACCUAAUUAUCUCCCAUGGAUUUUAGGAGGAAUAGCUGGAUUAGGAUUAAUUGUUGGUUUAUCUCUUUAUGACUAUGAAUUUGUUUCUCAAUUAAAACAAAACAAAAUAAAUCCUGAACAAUAUGCUCACUGUAAAAACCAAACCAUACAAGAACAAUUAGAUUACUUUUAUAAUAAAUCCCAAAAAAUAGAUGGAUAUGAAGCUUCCAUCCUCACCCAAUUAACCAUUAAUAAUUGUCCUCAAUUAGAGAAAAUAAAUAUUAGAAACUCUGAAAGUCUUCAACAAUUAACCUUAAAUAAUUUACCUAAAUUAAGGGAACUUUAUUGUUCUGAAAAUAAACUAACCGCCUUAGAAAUAAAUAAUUGUGCUAAUUUAGAAAGAAUUAAUUGCUCUUAUAAUCAACUCACUCAAAUUAAAUUACCAAAAGGAGAAAAGUUAGAAUUAUUAAGUUUAGCAGGCAAUAACCUUAAUCAAGACUUAUCUUUUUUAAGUGGUUUGGUUGGUUUGAACAAUACUGAUAUAGAUAGGGGUUUAGAAUAUUUACCAGAGAGUGUUGAAUAUUUUGCUUGUUCAGCAAAUAAAAGAAAAGAUGCUAAAGUCCAAGCUAUUUAUAAUUUAUUUGCUGAUGAGCAGGGAGAAGUAGAAACACAAAAACAACAAGCAAUCGAAGAAUUAGAAAACGAGUUAGAAGGAAAAGCUUUUAAUAAAAGAAUAGGAGUUGAAUUAAGACAGAAGCAAAAAGAGUUGGACAAAAUAGAAUUAAGACUAGAAAAAAUCAUCGAAGAAGAAAAACCUGCUUUAAUGAAAAAACUAAAAAUGGAUAAUGAAAAUUGA